AUGUUUAUUAAUUGUUGUUGAAGCAGAAAAGUCAUAUAGCCGAUGACUUCAGCCAAAAUACCCAGAACUUUCAAUCUAGAAAAGAUGGUGGAAUUCAUACAAGUUCUCUCUCUCUGAAGAUCAAUGGUGGAAUUAAUUGUUGCUAAAUCAAUCAAAAGAUGGCUUGGUGUUACCAACUGAAGACGGCUUGGGUACCCAUUUCUUUGUUAUUCUAUGCUUCAUUCAUUCUUAUUUUCCCGGGAAGGUCCAUCACAGAAGCUCAUGGAUGGGCAAUGCCUAGUGUUGAAAAUCCAAUGAAAAUCGGUGUUCCACUCAAUACCUUUUCUGAUGAGUUUGUAAAGGUGGAACAAUCCAUCAAGAACACAGAUGAGAAGAAAUACAGUGGUUUUUGUAUUGAUGUAUUUGAAGAGGUGAUGAAGACUUUGAAUUAUCAAAGCCUCUACAAGUUUGUGGAAUUCAAUGGCACCAACGAAGAUUUAGUUAAUUUUGUCGCUGACGGGACUUUGGACGGUGCUGUUGGUGAUAUAAUGACAUUUGCUUACCGUUGGAAGGACGUGAAAAUUACACAACCAUUUACUUCGUUAGGUAUGUCCAUGGUGGUUCCAGUGGAUCGCCAAGUUCCCAAUAAAUUGCUAUUUUUGACCCCUUUCACCAUGGAAGUUUGGUUAGCCACUUCGGCCACUUUUAUGCACACGAUGUUCACAGUUUGGUUCAUGGAGCACCGCACCAAUCCCGAUCUCCGUGAGGACCAACUCAGCAAUAUUCUUUGGUUCACCUUUUGUUCACUAUUCUUUGCUCAAGGGGAAAGGAUUCGACACAAAUAUACUCGAGUGGUGGUGGUGCUGUGGUUUUUAGUGAUGGUGUUCGUGGCAGAAAGCUACGCCGCUGGCCUCUCUUUAAAUCUUAACGUCUCACAACCACCGAAUGUUGAGUCGCUCAGGAAGAGCGAGGCCGUAGUUGGAUGUUUUGGCAAUGACGUUAUAAGGGAAUUCUUGGUGAAUGUACUUCAUUUCAAAAGGGAGUACAUCAGGGACGACAUUAUUGCCACCCAAUCUGAGUACGUGGACGCUCUCAAGAGCGGCACAAUCUCAGCGGCAUUUCUUCAAGCCCCUUAUGCAAAAACCAUUGUCAAACAAUACUGCGGUCAACUUACAAUCACAGGACCAACAUAUGAAUUCGGAGGAUUUCGCUUUAUCUUCCCAAAAGCAGGUUCUUCCAUAGCUGCCAAUGUUUCUGAAGCCAUUCUAAGACUAAUGGAAGAUGGCACUAUUAAUAAAUUGGAAGAUUACUACUUCACUACCUCUUCGGAUUGUUCGAGCUUCCAAACUACCCAAAACAACAGUAGCUUGAGCCUCCAGAACUUCUCGGUUCUGUACCUCUUCUACGUCGCCAUUUCCAGUGUUUGUUUACUACUAUUCAUCAAGAAUGAAGUUCAACAAGGCAACAUCACACUCACUUGGGCAAGUGUUUGGAACAAGAUACUUCGACUGGAGCGAUUCUUGAUUAAUGGAGUUUCAAGAGCAAGUGUUUGGAACAAGAUACUUGGACUCAUCGGAGUCUUGAAUCAUGCAAUUUCUAGAGAUUCUGCCAGAUCUCCAACCUCAGAUCACGACCCAAAUUAUGAUAUUGAAAUGAGUCAAACCCCUGAUUCUCUUGUUUAGCUAGCUAUGAAAUAAGAAGAACGAGAGGAAGAGUGGUUAAUUUUCUGUUGAUAUGCAUGCCAAUAUUUCAUAAUCCCUCUGGAAUAUAUUUAUUUUCAUUUUGUAGUAUAAAUAAAUAUGUGGACUCCAGAUACAAAGUUUACCAAUAGCCUACAAUAUUCAAAAGUUUUGAUAUAUCAU